UUCACUGGCUGCCUCGCCCUCUCUUUGAAGCCCAGGUACUUGAAGGCGUUGAGCGCCGGAUCUGACCCAGUGAAGUGGUUUAAAUUAGUAUUGGAACUAAUUCGGUCCAAAUUAGUAUUGGAAAGAUUCGCUUUUGAUUUUCUUACAUCCAACGGGCGAAUAUACCACCUAAAAUACCUUUGCCUUAAACACUCCAAUAUCAGUGUCACCACUUCUAUUCAGCACGGUUACAGUAAUUGUUAAAGAAGUCAGGAAAGUUCUGGAUCACAUUUGGCGCCGUGUUUAUUUCUGGAGGAUUACAGCGGUGGCAGACGGUGUUCCACUUAAAUCCAUUAACCGCUGAUUAACUCUGGUCUGGCCAGUCGGCUAACUCCGUCCGCUUCACAAGUGGCGCUGCCAAUGGCUUCAUCCGCAGCCGCUCCGGAGCAGCCCCGCAGCAGCGGAACUCCCGCUCCACCGCGAAGGAAGGUUUCCCCGUGACCUCACGUCAGGGCCGCGCUCGGGCCGAGUCUCCAGGCGGCCUCGGCCAUGGCUGUUCUGGGAGUGCGGUUCACCAGGAACAGGAGAGACAAACUGGCCCAGGCGCUGUGGAUCCUGAACUGGGUGUCGGUGCUGUCGGGGUUGGUUUUGAUCAGCCUGGGGGUCUACCUGAGCCUGGAGAUGAGGAAACGCCGCGAGGUGAUGGCGAGCGAGGGGUCGACCUCUGUCCCCAACAUGCUGGUGGCGGUGGGAGCCAUCGCCUGCGGCAUCAACCUUCUGGGGGGCAAGAUCUGCCACGACUGCUGGGACAACAAGUUCUCCCGCUGGAGGCUGCUCAUGCUUCCCUACAUCAUCUGCACCUUCUUCUUCACUUUCUGCAUCCUGGUGGGGGCCUUGAUGUGCUACAGCAUGAGGGGCGCGCUGGAGGAGUCCCUCUACCUGGGCCUCCAGCGCGCCAUGAGGUUCUACAAGGACACGGACACCCCGGGCCGCUGCUUCCUCAAGAAGACCAUGGACGAGCUGCACAUCGAGUUCCGCUGCUGCGGCAACAACGGCUUCAGGGACUGGUUCGAGACCCAGUGGAUCAGCUCACGCUAUCUGGAUAUGAACUCCAAAGAGGUCCAGGACCGUUUGAAGAGUAACGUGGAUGGGAAGUACUUGUUGGAUGGCAUUCCCUUCAGCUGCUGCAACCUCAACUCACCCCGCCCCUGUAUCCAGUUUCAACUCACCAACAACUCGGCCCAUUACAACUACGACUACCUGACUGAAGAGCUGAACCACUGGACAACGGGCUGCCGACAAGCACUGCUGGAUCAUUACACCCAGAUCAUGCAGUCCAUCGGGCUCUCCGUGCUAAUCAUCUGGCUCUUCGAGAUUUCGGUUCUGAUUGGCGUCAGGUAUCUGCAGACUGCGAUGGAGAACGUCCAGCUCCAGGGCGACCCAGACAGCGAGUCGGAGGGCUGGCUGCUACAGAAUGACUUUGUGGAAAAAGCCAAAACAAAUUUCAACAUCAUUAAAAACUUGCACAAAGUUGAUCAAAUAUCCACCAUCUCGGGAGUGGAAGACCCCAACAUGGACAUUAAUAUAGCCGAGUAUGGACCAAACAAUAUUCCACCCAAAAUCAUCCCCACUGCUAGCUAACGCUGACGGAGUAUCUCUUAGCUUUUUGAGUCCUUGUUUUAGAAUUACAUGAAGUUGUGUUCCAAUGUGUUUGAGAGUAUAAUCUCUACAUGGUUGUGGAGGGGUAAAUGUUCCAACAAUGCCAUGGUUAAAUGUUUAUAACAUAAGGUAUAUUACUCAAGGAUGUCCACACAUCUGUAUUUGCAGCCUUUUAUCGAUAAAGAACCAUUGAUUUGUGAGUUUUUGUUAGUUUCAGUAGAAAUUUUCAGCACUCUCUGGUAGAGAGAUAGAUGAAGCUAUUUUCUUUUAAAACAUCUAGUAUUUAAGGAUUAAAAUCUAAGAUCAUUACAGACCAUCACAGGUAAGCCAUAGUGUCCAUGGGAAUCUGUUUUUGUUCCAUUUGUUUCCAUUUCCAGUAAACUGCAUUAAUUAGGACUACAGAAACAUCAGUGUAGCAGCCAGAAUCUUGGUCCACUGAUCCAGAAACAUGAGUUUGAAUCCCAGUAAGGCAGUGGGGGAGUUGUCAACAUCAAGUAAAAAACAAUAUGGAAAUAAAAAGUAAACCUAGACCAUUGAAUGGACAUGCACAAACUCACUGAACAGUAGACAUCCAAAUGAUUUACCAGAAAUACCUAGUGUGUGUAAAACUGAAACUCCUUUAAAAAUCUUUUUAUUCCAUCCUUUUCACUGGGUACUGUCGGAGACUGAACCAAACCAAUCUUGAAUAUCUUACAUUAAAAACUAAUUUUAUGUACAGUUUAUUUUGAAAAUAGAGAAAUAAAUUAGCUGUUUUUUUCUGAUUUGUAUUCUUAAAAACAUUGAGCCAUAUAAUUUAUAAUUAAAUAUGUACAUUUUAGAUAAUUACUUUGUGGAAAUAAUUGCUUUCAG